AUGUCACCGACAACUGCAAAACAACUCGCUUCUUCGGGGCUGUCGCUGCCUAGUGAUACAUACAUUUAUUCAUUGGCCCGAACAACAACACUUUGUGCUGCCAUCUCAUCCGAUGAUUCACUCCGCUACUUUGAUCCUACGAACCUCUCGCUUGUGCAUAGCGUUUCUAAAGCUCACGAGGGAAUCACAUGUUUGAAAGCGACUUCGGAUGGCAAAGGGUUAGUCACGGCGGGAAGAGAUGGUACAGUCAGAUGCUGGGAUGGAAGGGCAAAGUCUGCUGGAGUGCAAGUGGCUGAUCCUGGUAUCUCUGCGUUGGCGUGCCGUGAUACGUUUAUUGCUGCCGGCACUGAAAGCACCAAGGAGGGAUUGGGAGAUNNGGAUACACGAAAUACCUCCAAGCCAUUGCAGGCAUACACCGAGAGUCAUACCGAUACUGUCACUCAAAUCGCCUUCCAUCCAACACAACAAAACACCCUGCUCUCAGGAUCCACUGAUGGUCUAGUAUCGAUAUUCGACACAACGAUUUCAGAUGAGGAUGAUGCUCUGGUUCAAGUACUGAAUCAUUACGGUGCAGUGCACUGUGCUGGUUUCCUGAACCCUGAGGAAGUCUAUGCCGUCAGCACAGAUGAACAGCUCUCAGUGUAUACCUUGAGCAAACCCACUGAUGCCGAAGAUGCAACCCUGCCAGUCACUGCAUUUGGCGAUGUCAGAGAACAGCUGAAGAGCAGUUAUGUCAUUGACGUGUUCCCCAACUCGCCUUCGGCUUAUAUCGCUGCUGGAGACACUUCCGCGUCUCGUCUUACCUUGGUCCCACUGAAUCCCAGCUGGUCUUUUGAUAUGAAUGGCACCAUGGAGUUCCCUGGAGCCCACGGCGAUGAAAUCGUCCGCGACUUCCUCAUCGACAACCAUGUAUGUCACAUGCUACGAGGUUUGAAGAUUGCAGUACUAAUUUAUGUUUGCAGAACCAANCGAGUCAUCACCUGUGGCGAAGACGGCCAGGUUCGCCUAUGGGCACAAGAGGCACAACCUCAAGCGGCCUCAGCAGACGCUAUGGACAUUGACAAGAAGAAAAAGCGCAAGGACAAGAAGAAGAAGGAUAGAUUCAACCCAUACUAG